UCCCUCUCUCCGCUCAGGCUCCGGGCAGGCAGGCCGUGGCCGCCGGGAAGCCGCCCGCCAUGUCGUCGGUGGCUGCCGCCAGCUGCGACGCGAAGGAGGCGCGGGAAGAGAAGAAGCCGCUGAAGCCUUGCUGCGCCUGCCCCGAGACCAAGAAAGCGCGGGACGCCUGCAUCAUUGAGAAGGGGGAAGAAAAUUGCAGGCACCUAAUUGAAGCUCACAAGGAGUGUAUGAGAGCUCUGGGCUUCAAGAUAUGAGAUGAGCAGGAUUGUGAAUGUGAUGAUGUCUGUGGUGUGACUGUGUUCUGGAAAGCUGCAAAAUGAAUUUUUUCUGCAAGUUACUUCAAAGAACAAAUAAAGAAUCUAUUUAUAAAGAGUCUCUAAUGAUAGACUGUGCAUCAUGUCUGUGGCUUUUCCACUGUUAGCUCUUGACCGCUACUAUAGAAAAUAUAUUUUUUUCCUCGUAAUAAAAGUCUGAAAAUCACCAGCGUUCCUG